AUGUCAUCGCUUAGAGCAGAUAUGGGUGGAUUCCAUGAAGAUGCAGACAUUCUCGAUACAGUAUCCAUCUACAAUGCUCUUACUGGUGGACGGUUGUACACUAAUGGCUUUAACUUUACCAAUUUGGACUCGCUCAAACUGUUUAUAGCCAAAUCCUUCAGUAUGUCUGUGGAUAAUCUAUUUCUUCUUACUCCUUUUGGCAUCAAGUUCAAGUUCUCCAUGCUUGUGCAUGACGAAAUCAACGAGAUCUUUGUGUUUGAUCGAAAGUUCUUCAAUCCGAAUCUAGUCAAUUCCGAUCUUUCGGAGACCAUGACGUCAGAUUUGUUGCAUGAUCUUGGUCAUGAUGAGUUGAUUAACAUGAUACGUCCUCUUUCGGCUCCUAUCGACUUGCCUAAGAUGGAUGACGUUAUCGAUGGCUUGUUGCAGGUAGUUAAAUCUACAGAUAUCGAUUUUGGAAGUCUUCGUUUGCUUCUAAAUAGUCUAAAGAGGACCUAUGCAUGGGCUUCUGCUUUGUUAUCCGAUUUUAAGAGUACUCUAUUUGAUGAAAAGAUGAUUGAUGGUAAUGAACAGGUAGAAAAUAUGCUCACCUCUCUCAACGUACUGAUUCAGUAUGUCAACUUGAUGUUUAAAGGUGUAGAAAAGCGGUUUAACGGUCUUAUUGAUGAGUUUAUCGUUGUAAGAGCACACAGCCUGCACGAGAACUGGAAGCUACAGUAUGAUAAAUUGGGUCAAAUCAAGUUCUAUUUGCAACAGAACCCGAAUCAACUAAUGUUAAUCGACUUGGUAGACGGAAAAACCGCUUCUGACAGUGCAUUUCAGGCAGAAUUGCUCAUUAAGCAGAUCAAUUCUGGCUUGGCAACACUUCGGACCAAACUAGAGUCGGAAAUUAUCAUUCCUAAGCAGGAAUUGGUUAAGGAAUACGACUAUUAUAGGCUUCAGUACGUGAAAAAGACUGCCGAUAAAGAUGCAGAAUCUAAACUGGCCAGCCUUUAUAAAGCAGAUUUCAAAGCACUACAACAAUCGGUUACUCAAUUGAUGUCUUCAUCAAAGGAGCUACCUUCAUUUGAGGAUCUUAUCACUACAGAAAACGGUAGCUCUACUAAUUUAUCGAGGGCUUCUCUACUAAAGAUCGAACUCUUGGUUCAAUUGUAUCAUCAGCAAGUACAGGAUUUUGUUCCUCAGAUAGAAGAGCUUUCCAAAAAGAUGUACGAGUCUCAAAUCAAACGAUUUGAACUUCGAAGAAAGCUUCAAGAAAAAUUGGUUAAAUCUACUUUAGUGACGUUGGUUGAUUUACAACUGAAGACUAUGGAAGCCAAUAAGAUUCUCAAUGAAUCCAUCGGUAAAAGAAUGGACCAACUUAAAGAACAUGAGCUUGGCUUAUCGUUUAUCUUUGAUCUUCCAUUAGUAUUUGGCAUUUGGUUAAUAGCCAAUUUGGGUAAUGUCAAGCAUGGACUUUGCUUGAAUAAGCUGGUUCAUAAAUCUGGUGAAGUAUUUGAAAUGAUGCGGUACAUGGAGCAAGAGGAUCGUAAAAAAUGGCUUGAAGAGUUUGUAGAAGGUGUUGGAAUUGCAAAGGGGAAGAGUAAAUGGAUGGAUGACACUGUAAAGAAGAAGUUUGUAGACGAAAACACAGUUGAUGUCAAGGUAGAACGAAUUGGAUCCAAAUCCAUUUCAAUUGUGCCGGAAACUGGUAACUAUCUUCAUUCAUUCAACAAAUUAUUACAGCAUAUCAAUGGACAUCCAUCACGUGUUGGUCCAGCAGAAGCUCAGGUGAUUAAUCAAGAUGAACAAGGCCCCCGUGAUAUCUUUAUCGAGAUUUGUACCCAAGUUCAAGUUGAUGAUGUUUUUAGAUAUAUCAUCUCAUUACAGAAUGAAGGAGUUGAUAGUGAAGUGAUUGAUCAACUAAUAAAGUAUCUGAAUGACUUGGGAAUUGUUGAGCAAAAAGAAGGAGACGUGAGAGGAGACAGAUUUGGAAGCUUUAAUGGAGAGGAUCCAUGUUAUAUGAAGUUUUUGAAGAGGUAUCUAAAGAGUUUUGAGAUUGGAAGGGUUAAAAUUGAAAUAAAGGGUGAAGAAGAAGGUGUAGGUGAAGAGAAGAUAGGAAAGAUAGGGCUAACAGAACCAACAGAGCAGACUAGCAAAUCUCUAAUCAAAGGAUAUGAGAACAGAAUUCGAAAACUCGAGAAUCUGCUUCAUCAAGAAACAUUUAAGCAGUUCAAUGCUCAAUGGUCUCAUAAGCCAAAACAAAUGGAAUUCAAUAGAGAAAAAGAGAUUGUUGAAAAUGAGCAUAAAUUGAUUAAUCUGCCACCAAGUCACCCGGAUGAGAAACUGGACAAACUAGAGAGAGAAAACAAGAAUUUAAAAGUAAAAUUGGAAGAAUUGGAAAGACAAGGAUUAGAAGAGCUGAGAAAAGAGAAAGCAGAUAUAGAUCUUGAACUUGAGAUGGCGAAGAAGGAGAAUUCAGAGAAAGAGAAGAAUAUUGUAGAGAUGGCUAAAGAUUUAAAAGGAUUAAAAGAAGAUAAACUUCAAUUGAACAAGAAAUAUGGAGAUCUGAAGAGUAUGAAUGAUGAUUUGCUAGAGAACUUAACACAGAAGGAAUCGGAGUUCAAUAAGGAAUCUCAGAUGAAUCAACAAGAACUUAAUGAGUUGAAAUUAAAGUUGGAAGAGUUAGAAGAAACCAACAUCGAACUGGGAGACAAGUUGGAAGAGAAGGAAAGAAGAUUAGAAGGAGUUGACAGAAUAUUAGGUGAAUUAAGUGGAAGGUUGUGUGAAGAUUUAGGUACUUUCUGCUUAAUUUUGGAAAGUAUGGGAUUGUUGGUUGUGAAAGAAGAAGGAAAAAUGACAAUCAAAAGAGUUAAAGGAUUAAGAGGGCGGAAGAAAGAGAUUGCCACGAGAGGUGGAGAUGAGACUAUGCAGAUUGUGGCUGAGGAUGUAGUUGAAGAGGCGAAGAAGCGACUUGAAGAGGUGGAUGAGGACAUGAACAUCAAGUACAUGGAGUUCCGCUCCUUAGCAUAUUUGGACAGCAAAAUGGUUGUAGAAAAGGUUUUCCGACGGUUCAAUGACGUGGAAACUCUGGCUAGGCGUUUACAGAAGGAGAAAAGUCAACAGAAGGGUGACAUGAAAGCUUUAAGUGAAGAGAUGUCCCAAAGAUUGGCUAUUCGAGACUUUAAAGUAGGAGACUUGGUACUGUUUCUCAAGACGUUGAGUAAUACAGCUGGAAAUCCGGAACAACCAUGGGCAGUGUUCAAUAUUGGAUCACCUAAUCAUUACUUGAAAAAUGAGAAGGAUGAUUCCAACUACAUCGAUCUCAAUGAACGAGAAUGGUUUGUAGGAAGAAUCGAGAAGAUUACGAGCAAGACGGUGACGGAGAGGAGUUACAAUGACGUCAGGGAGAAUCCAUUCAAGCUUUCGGUUGGAUUUACGUGGCAUUACGUCUCAGCUAAGGCAUCAACUACGGAUAGAGAAGGCUUGACAUAG